AUGGUGAAAGAUCAAGAAUACCAGACUCAUCUGUCAUCGGCUGUAGAAAGUAAAGAGGUGAGGGCUGGACAUGUUGAUGGGGAGAUUUUGGAGACUCUGUGGGCACCAUUCAAUAAGAUCUCCCCAACUGCUCAGUCAAUGAACCCUGAGAAGAUUUCGAUAUGGAAGAUCGAUGAGAAAAAGGCCAUGGAACAACGUGGAGAGUAUCUUGACAUCUAUCAGUUGCAGAUGAACAAAGCUCCAACUAUGGCAGAGAUUAGACUUAAAUUAACUGAGUCUGAGAAUACUGACACUAGCAAACCUAGGACAGUCUCUUGGCUCAUUACUGGCAUCAAUCUAGAGGAUUUACAGGAUGGACUAAGGGCAGAUAUUCGACAACUUCCUACUGAUGCAACCCCAGGACAGAAAGCUUCUAUAGAAGAGAAGCGACAGAGAUUGACAGCUAGGAUAGCUAAAUUUCAUGAAACAGCUGAUGCCAUGACUGCUAGUAUGGAUCUUGGAACUGCAACAGUGCAUUCCGACGAUCCUAGAUUCUGCUAUGCAGGUCAUGAUGAAAAUGGUUGGGGAGAGGUCUCAGAUGAAGAGAUCUCAGAGUAUAUUGACGAAGAAAUCUUGGCUGAAGAGAUGGGUAUCUGGAUGCCA